UCGCAAAACAAAAUAAAAAAUCAGUCAUUCUUUUUAUGAGAUAAUAACAUAUUAUUAUGGAUAUAUUUUUGAUCAAAUGACUGAAAAAAAAAGUUUUAAACAACAUAGAUUGGUCAUCGAAUAUCAUAUUUUUUUAGAAACUUUAACUAUACAGAUAAUUUAAUGAAAUUAAAGUUAUACUAAACUACAAUUACUGACAAUUUUUAUAUCUUUUUUAAUAAAUAUUUAAUUAUUUGGCUGACAAAAAAUUAUUACUUAUAUUUUUAAUUUAAAUUUAUUUUUACAAAACUCAUAAAUAUAAAAGAAUAAAUAUUUAUAAGAUAUAAAACAUAGAUAAUAUAUAUACUAAUUUAUUUCUCUUUUUCUUUAUAUUUUUCCAAGAAAUUUAUCUAUAUUUUAAAAAUUUACAAGUUAUGUUUAUUAAUACAACACAGAUUCAAUAUUUUUGUUUACUACAUUUUCCCAAACAAUGUUAUCAAAUUGUUUUACAAAAUAUUAAAAAAUAUAUAAUAGGUUAAACAGAACUAACUGAAUUUAGGAAAACAAUAAUCUAAUUUUAACCUAGUUAAAACAAAAACAACAAAAAAAAAUCAUUGUUCAAUUUAAAAGAAUAGAUAAAACUCAAUAUACCAAAGACAACUAAUGCAAAAUAUUAUACUUGAAAGCAUAUAUCUAAUUAAGAUGAAAACAUAAUGAUACUUAAUACAUUUCUAUUUAUUUAUCAUACAUAAAAUUACAAAAUGACUUAUAACUUACAAAUAAACGAAAAAAUAUUUAUCCAUUAGUAUAAGUUAAUUAUUUUGUAAAUGUUUAUAUCCGUGUAUAAGCACGGGAGGACCAGCUAGUAUGAAAUGAAAAGGAUUAACAUAAACUUCAUUAAAAGUCAUGAACACUUCAUUAAAUUUGUUAGAGUCUAACGUUGGUCAUCUUCUGAUCUGAUUACUAUUUGCUAUAUAUGAACUUAUUUUGAUGGUAAGGUUUUUUAGAAUGUAAAGAUUCCCGUGUCAUGAGUAUAACAAAUGUUAAACUGUCAGAUAUAUGAAACUUCCAAUCUACAUUUGGUUAGAUACAAUCGUUCGAUUGUAAAGUCCUGAUGUGGAAAGAAGAAGCGGAAAGGAGAAGAUCAUGAAGUUAAAAAUCACGUAACAACAAAAUUUUCAAACGAAUUAACAGAUACCCAUUAGACAUUAAUUGUUCGAUAUGCAGAGUGGGAAUAUUCAGUUUGGCAUGAUGCAUACAAUGGUGGUGAUACGACUAUUUAACAAAAAAAUGGCCAACAAUUUACACUCAUCUAAAGCUUAAGAAAUAUAUGUAUAAUAGAUGGUUUGGCAUAGUUUUCACAAUAUAGUUGAUCUGGUUGGAUUUAGGAAAACAAAAAUGGAGGUAUUCAUAUGUGCUCGUAAUCAACAUCUGCGUCUAUCUCCACUCCAUUCAAAACUUGAAGUUCUCAUCUUGGCAAUGUAGUGUAUACUCCAACACUCAACAGUGUAAGAUUUUGGAACAGAUAGUCCAAAAGUGAUUACAGUGACGCUUGAUGUUUGGCACAAUUUUGAUGAAACUAAACGAAUUUGAGAGGCUAAGAAAAUGUUUCUAUACUUUCACCAUAUUCUUUGUUUCUACCAAAACUGUAGAUUUAUUAUGGUAAAAAUGCUAAAAAAUCGAGAAUUAUUUUUUACUGGUUGUUAUAUUUUAGUUUUAUUUUCCAGAUCAUCUCAAAUCUUUAAAUGUGAGUAAAUGUCGGAUUGAUGUUCAUUCUGGAAACAAGAGGAAUGAAUAGGAAAAGAACGUAGAGGAAUAGAAUUGAUUGCAAGAAUGAAAACGAAUGGUUGUUCCAUCCCAUAUUUCACAAAGAAUUAAUUUGUUAGGGAAUGAAAAGGAAAAAUUAUUCUUUAUGAAUGGUGAUAUUUUUUAGGAACGUUAGAGAAUGCAUUAUUCCUCACCAUUUCCUGGUCACCAUUCAUACUCUAAGUUUGAUAUAAACGAGGAAAAAAAAGUUUGAUAUAUAAAAAAAAACAUAGGAUCAAGCACAAGAAAAAUAAUUAUAAAGGAUUUUAAUAAGCGUAUUGUUUGCCACUAGGAAAUCAAACAAAGACGCGAGUUUUUAGUCAAAAUAGGAACUCCUUUUUCUAGUUGUGAUGUGAUAUUCUAGUCAAAAUAGGAACUCCUUUUCCUAGUUGUGAUGUGAUCCAUUUUUUCACUUAAUAUAAAACGAACAAGGAUUGAUCACUUUGCCUUCUCGAUACAAUUAAUUGACUCUCUUUCUCUCCAUAUCUCUCUCAUAAGCUGCAACAGAAUGUUGAAAACAGAAAAGACAUGCGUUGUUUCAGAUUCUACCAUUACCAAGUUUGGAGUUCGUCCUCCUUCUACCUAUUCCAUGAAGAUCCAAAGCCUCUCUCAACUCAAAACUCUCUUCUCUGGUACUGACGGAUACAAGUCCCGUACCUUCUCUUCCGGCAAAUACAACUGGAGAUUGGUUAUAUAUCCGAACGGAAACGAGAAAGACAACGGGACAGGGUUUAUUUCAAUGUAUGUUGAAUUAGAUAGCAAAAGCCUCUCGUCCAAUGUUUUGGCGUAUCUCACCUUCUUCAUCUUCAACAAGAAAGAAAAUAAAUACUUUACUAUUCAAGAUGUUGAAGGAAAGCAGUUCAAUGCAUUAAGAUUGGUGCAUGGGUUUCCGCAAGUACUUCCCCUUGAUACAUUCAAUGAUCCUAAAAACGGUUAUGUCUACGAUGGAGAUCAAUGUGAGUUUGGUGUUGAUGUGAUGGUUCCACUUACCAAUUGGGAAGUUGUCUCAUUUACUCAGAAACCCACCAAUAAAAAGUUCUCUUGGACGCUCAACAAAUUCUCUAAGUUGAAAGAACAUUGCUACGUAUCAAGCAAGUUCUUAAUAGAAGGAAGGAAUUGGGUGCUUAAGUUGUAUCCUAAAGGCAACAACACUACAUGUUCUAGAUGGUUGUCCCUCUUUCUCCAUUUAGCCGAUAGUGAAACUAAAACAAUGACGACAGGUGAGGAGAUUUACACGCAGUGCGAUAUGCGAAUUCUCGACCCGUUUGGAUCCCACCACGUGACAUUGAAGCUUAACCAGUGGCACAAGAACACCUCAGGUUGGGGAUGGUCUGAAUUUGUGUCUUUAGCUAAACUUGAAGAGGCUUACUUGGACAAACAAGGCUAUCUGAAAGUGGAGAUCGAAUUUGAAGUUGUUUCUACCAUCACAUACUCUCCAUGAAGAUCUAAACACACACACACACCAUUUAGCUCAUUCAUUAAAUCAGUAAUUCAACUUAUUUUAUGUUUUGUUUAUUGGGAUUCUUAUCUUGAUUAUUCGGAAGAAAUAUUUGACUGUUGCUAUUUAGCUUUUGGCUUUUUAUUUAUUUUUUAAUAUCAUCAAAAAGCGUCUUGUUUUAUUGAGUGAAUUCGGUUGCAUUACUUUGUUCAUGUUUCGGUUUACUAUGGUCAUUGAUUUUUUAUUAUGGUUUGUUCAAAAUCAGAACCGGUUCAAUCAACGACAGCUGAACAAAUUAAAACAAAAAAAAAAAUCACAAUUUAUAUACACUUAUAUAUAUUUCUUUCUCCCCUUGCUUCACUAUUUUCUCACUUCCUUAAAGUUUCUCUCCCAAGAAACUGUAAGCUCCAAAAAUCUCCAAAACAAUGGCGGUUCCGGUUGUUGAUCUCCCGAACAACUCUGAUUCAUCAUCCGAUGAAGACUUCAGCGACUCCGAAGUAUCUUAUGACGAAUCCAUGGAAGACGAACCGUCGGAGUCGGAAAUCACCACUGCAAAAGAAACAGAGACGAAACGUAGCGAAGAGGAGGAGGAGGAGGAGGAGUUUUGGAUCCGUUAUCCUUAUUUGAAGAGUUUUCUGAGCACAAGCGUUGCUCAAGGUUUGAUUCCAGAGUACUAUGUUUAUGAGAGAGCCAAGCUUAUCGGAGAAGAGAAGGCCAAGGAGCUGAAUGAAAGAGGCGAGGCUUUGUUUCUCAAGGAACUUGAAGCGUGCAAGGACAAGUGUGAGCUCGUUGCGUCUGCCAUCCUCGCUAUGAAGUCCGUUAAAUGAUUUUCUUGGAAACUUUUGUUUAUGAUGAUAGUAGCGUCUUGGAUUGCUUUUGUUCUAUGAUGAAAUCGUUUUCGUUUUGUGUUCAAA